UGGGCGGAGCGAGCCGUCUGUAUUGCCGGGAAAGGGAAGCGCGUUCGUGCGCGGCGGAGGUUCCAUGGAUCGCUUCGCCUGGGCUACUGGCCUCUUGGAGAUCCACGAGAACCUCGUCACGCAGCAGCGCGGGGUCCGCCUGUACGAUGGGGAGGAAAAGGUGAAGUUUGAAAAUGGAGUAUUGCUCCUUAGUACACACAGAUUGAUCUGGAGAGAUCAGAAAAAUCAUGAAUGCUGUAUGGCUAUUCCUCUUUCCCAAAUUAUCUUCAUUGAAGAGCAAGCAGCAGGGAUAGGAAAAAGUGCCAAAAUAGUUGUACAUCUUCAUUCAGUAGGUUCCAAUAAGGAUCCUGGUCCAUUCCAGACUAGUAAAUACUCAUAUAUCAAGCUUUCUUUCAAGGAACAUGGUCAGAUUGAGUUCUUCAGGAGGCUUACGGAAGAAAUGUCUCAGCGCAGAUGGGAGAACAUGCCAGCUUCUCAAACCAUAGAUGUUGACAAGGCUUCACAGAGUGGAAGAAUAAGAGCUGCAGGAAUUGUUGGCAUUGAGAGGAAAUUAGAAGAAAGAAGAAAAGAGAUGGAUAAAAAUAUUUCUGAGGCUUUUGAAGACCUCAGUAAGCUGAUGGAAAAGGCAAAGGAAAUGGUGGAAUUGUCCAAAUCAAUUGCUAGCAAGAUCAGAGAAAAGCAGGGUGACAUCACUGAAGAUGAGACAAUAAGAUUCAAAUCCUAUUUGUUGAGUAUGGGCAUUGCCAAUCCAGUUACCCGGGAAACCUAUGGAUCUGGCACUCAUUACCAUAUGCAACUGGCAAAACAAUUGGCUGGAAUUUUACAGGCACCUUUAGAGGAACGGGGAGGAAUAAUGUCCCUCACAGAAGUUUAUUGUCUGGUGAAUCGUGCUCGUGGCCUAGAGUUGCUUUCCCCUGAAGAUCUAGUAAAUGCUUGUAAGAUGUUGGAAUCACUAAAGUUACCUCUAAGAUUACGAAUAUUUGACAGUGGCGUUAUGGUGAUUGAACUCCUAUCACAUAAUGAAGAAGAAAUGGUGGCUUCUGCUUUAGAGACAGUUUCUGAGAAGGGAUCUCUUACUGCCGAAGAGUUUGCAAAGCUUGUAGGAAUGUCUGUGCUUUUAGCCAAAGAAAGGUUGCUGUUAGCUGAAAAGAUGGGCCAGCUUUGCAGAGAUGAUUCUGUAGAAGGCUUGAGAUUCUAUCCAAAUUUAUUUGUUACCCAAAGCUGAUUAUUCAUUUUUUCUAUUUUUAUCUUAUUUAAAUAUGUUUGCUAGAUGCAGUCUGAAGAAAAGAAUGUCAAGAGAUAUACCCAUUUAUACCAUGGUUUAGCUAAAUUGUAAUGAUGAACCAGUAAUGCACCAGGAGGGAAGAAGGGAUUAGCUAUGUGUAGAAAGAGAAUAACACCCCUAAAACCUUGUAGAUAUCAUGAAACUGCAGCUAUUUCAGAUCUUCAAAGCAAAUUGGACAUGAAGGUCCGUUUAAUGACUUUUUUCAAGAAGGAAGAAAGUGAAAUGAUUUUUAAAAAAACAUGAGGGGAGGGUUAACUGUGGGCUAUUUGCAAGGCUAGAUAAAUCAAGUAGUCUAUUUCUCCCUCCAUCCAUCUUUUGCCAUGGAUUUGCAUCUGCAACUUGAAAUCAAUAAAAUAUUAACAGGAGAAAAAAUAUUUCUAGAGCAAUCUAAUGCAAAAUAAUGUUAGAAAUGUCCAUAUUUUAGGAACAAAACUUCCUUAUCAACAUUUGUUUGUAAUUAUUUUCAAAGGAAGAAUGGAUCAGAAAACUGUUUUGUGUAUGGCUUCAUGCUGAAUGUUAAGACAAGGAGCGCUGUGAACUCAAAUUUCCUUCCUUCCAUUCUUCAGUUGUUGAUUCUACAAAGUUUCUAUUUUUGUCUCUCUGGCAUAGCUGUGAAGGAUAUUCAUCCUGAGUUCUUCUAAGCCAGAGGUUUUUUAUGUUUCAUCUUUAUAUUAAAAAAUAAAGAUGAAAGAUUUAUUCAUCCUUUAUCUUGGAAAAGUUCGCUGGUACUGUAUCAGUUUUUAUAUGAAACAAGAAAACUUUGGUUUCAC